GGUAACCGCGAUGCCGCAUCCAUGCGACGUCCCGGGAAGCGGCGGCGAAAGCGACCAACUGGACGACUCCUCACUGGGGCUGUAGGCCUAGCGCAUUAUAUUACCACGACUGCGUAUGCAGAAAGCACCAGCACCAGUACUGCAAGUGUCUACUUUGGUAGCAGUUCCCGAGCACCGCAGCGCGCGUCUUGGCACAACUGUGGUCGUGGGCCAACCUGCUUCUUUCGCGAUGUUUGUUUCCCGAUUCAGAAAACCUGUGAAAACAGCUACAAGCAUAACUGUGCCGAGAUUGAAAACAGCCGACAACAAGCAGUGGCGCAAAGUAGUCCUUCCUCUGGGUCUUCCCACAUGAAGUCCUUGAUAGAGUCUCGCGCUGCGCAAUCUUUGGACCCGUUUCGACGAAAGUUUCUCCUUUUCAAGCAUCCAGACGUGGUCUUGACAGUGAUAGACCGGUACAAUUUGGAGAACCUAUUCGUGGAGCCGCAUAGCAGUGACUCGGAGCACCUGCGUAGAGCACGCACGAACAACGUGCCGGACAUGGUGCCUAGCGACGCACAUGUCCACGUGGAUCUGGAAAAAAUGAGAUGGAAACACGGAGGUCAGCAGACAAGAGAUACCAGAAGUACAACUUCUACAACUAGCAAAAAUAAGUGCUCAAGUACAACUACUCCAACUUCCUCUUCAAUCCGGAACAAGAAAGAGUUCGUUUUUGUCCUCUUUCGUCCUUCAUUGCUGGCACGAAAGAAGCCCUUUGGCAACAUGCUUUUGGACGACUUGGGAACGGUUUUCAUGACCCUGAAGUUUUUCUCAUUGGAGGAGAAGGUGAGCGAUCCAGAUGGGAAAUUUCAUUAUGGAAAAAUGCCACUGAAAUUACAGCGUAUGAAUUAUUAAGUGUAAAGUAGAUUUUGGUCCCCUACACACCAUCUUUUUCUUUUAAUUCGCACUCGUGCUGCUGGUCGAUUCCGCCUUAGACGAGGAAGAACUAGGGAUCCUCGAGUUCGCGGUUCCAAGGAAGUAUAUCUGGACACGGUUGACGGAGGAUAGAAGUGAUUUCCGAUCUUGGGGGGAUGUCAUAGCUGAGAAAAAACGUUCCGGUCUCCUCGAUGAAGGAGCUUCAUCAAGCGACGCAGGAGCACCUUCAGACGAGUCUUGUGACUCGGAGUCGCCUUUUGAACUAGUAUCUCGUGGAAGCGGCAGCGAGUCUGACAAUCUGAUCUGCGUGAAGAAUUUCGUGACCGGGUUUGCGGCAGGCGGCUACGCAAACAGUGACGAGAUUCAUAAUCAUUUGUCGACGCCUGCUUACAAAGUUAUGCUUAUGAAGCUUUUUCACAAUACGUCGCAACAUCAAAUUGACAGACUGCUUUGGUUUUCCUGAAGUAAUGACACACUUUUUGGAAGCUGCAGUCGAAUAGUACAAGCAAAGAACCAUCAUUUAUCUAACAGCAAGGUCGCCAACGAUGCUAUAGGAAUGGCGCUGUCUCUGGGGCUAGACCGUGGUGGCACCAGUGUCCCAGACUUGCUUGGUUUCCGGCGAUUUCUCUAUCGCAUGGGUGAGAAGAAUGCAGAGAACGCAAGUGCACUAUCCCCCAAGACGACCGAAGGAGCAGAGGCCGUGACGAAAGUUCUAGUGUCACUUCCUUGCUGUCCUGAACAGUAUCUGAAAGAAGGAAGUGAUAGUGGGACUUUGUCUUCUUCUACAGACGGUAGCAAAGCAGAUCAGACGUGGCAGCGUGUGAUAACACAACUGGUGCCUGAAGCGGACGCGCAUUACCAUAGUCUCGUGAUUGGGGAACCGAUGACAGCGACUAGAUACGUGCUGGAUGACCCGCACGCUUCGCAUCCAGGAAACGCACCUCGCUGUCCACGCAUGUCCAUGUCGACGUCGUCGUUGCAACAAGGCAUUCGCGCUCUAGUAUUAAGGGUUGGAAGUUGGCCUAUCAUCUAAGAGCAUCUCUAUGGCUUCUUCAAGUAGGAAAGCCAUAGAUAUGCGAGCUAGAGAUGCCAACUCUCAACCUCUAAUAGUAGCAGGAAUCAACGCGAAGAAGAAAUUGCUGGAAGUGGAAUUCGUCAGCGGAUGCCACUUCUUGCCGAAAUACUUUCAACUUCUCAAGGCUUUGAAGAGCGGUCAAGGGAACAACACUAGCAGCUUUGCUUCUACAAUUUUGAAGACGAUGCUGGAUGUAGACGUAUUGAUCUCCUUUGCGGGCUUCGACGCCUUCGAGCAUGAUGCUUUUGUCACGCAGGCGGUUCUAUUACCGAAACUGGGAACCAUACUCGCGCCUUACCGGUCAGUGGAGACCAAGCACAAACACAACGUAGACGAAGCGAGUUUCGAACUCUUCAAUAUGGAAAGCCUUUAUCCUCGCCACACGCGCGUUUUGCCUGGACACUCCGGCGCACUAUUCCAACUACGCCGAUUGUUGCGGCAUCGACCAUAUUUGAACGUGCAGGAAUGGCCGAUGUAUGCGGCAGAGGUCGUUGGAGGGAAGAGCACCAAACAAGAACAACCUUUUCUCCCUGACAACGUCAAGGUCAGGUUCAGUUACAACAUCACAGCUCAUAGGAAAUUCUUACGCCGGAGCUUACUACGUUAUACAGGACAGAUGCUGGAAAGAGCAUCUACUUCUAGUAGUGCGGAAACGACUACAUCUAAAGAGGAAGACGUAGUACUUCUUUCAGCCGAUGAACUGCUAUCGAAGAAACGACAACAAGAAUUGAAAUCUGUGAUCCAGGAAAUGGAGACAACAUCGAAGAAUCCUACUCAUUCCGUGGCUUACACCUUCUGCGACAAGCGUGAAGACCGCAUCAACGUAGGCGAAUACUGCCAAGUACAAAUCUGGUCUUCAGGGGGCUGUUCAAACCUGCCACUGGGCUAUGGAGGACCGCAGGAUUUCUAUAAAUGGUACUUGACAACAUGUUCUUGAUAUACUUCGUGGUUCGUUGUAGUCGUCCGCUAUGUAUUGGCUCCACGCAGCAUGUAGCAAAUACGCUCUGCAGGGUGUACGUAGGAUCUACCGCAACGAAGGUUCCAUUGCAGGCAGCUGCCGCCAGAUGGGCCCGCUGCACUGGGCAUAGAUUAGCAACUAGACAGAUAAGACCUACAAACGAACAAGGCGCCUUAGUCAGCAAGAAUACCAAAUCGGCAACUUCUUGGUUUCAGGAAUCAUUGAAUUAUCUCAUCCCAGAUCGUCGCAAUUUCAGGUACUACCAGCAAUCUUGGUCCACCUUCACCGCUGACACUCGCGAAUGGACUACGAGCUCAGAGUUGAGGCAUUGGCGGGUUUGCUAUGGCCUGAGCCUGGAUCCGCAUAUCAUCGCGCGUCAGCGCAUGCUGGAAGCUGAGGCGAACAGGAGACGUGCGGGACUUGAGGCCUUGGCAAGCAAUAGAAGUAGCCUCGCUCCAUGGACGACAGCAGUGUCUCUCCACGAGGAACGUCGCCAAGCAGCUUCUCUAGACGAUGCAGCCUUACUAGAAGGCAUCGAGCACUUAGGCCGCACUGUCGAGAAGCAGAAGGAGCAGAAAUACGACACAUCGUCUGCACAUGGUGACAUCGCGGGGUGGCGACAGAUGGUGGGUGUAAAUCAGUAUUCGCCUGGUUUGCUCGGAGUGUUGAAAUUGCCCUGUCCAAGAAGGAGCUACCAGAUCGAGGCGAUUCAUAGUACAGAAGGCAGAGCAGUCUUGGCCGAUACAGACCGCACAGCAGUAGGCAAGACGAAGACCGAGGAUUUUGGCCACUGGGGAUGGCGUGGUGGUCGUUGUAGCCUAGUUUAUGCGCCAACGGUCGGAUGGGUAGGAACCACUGUAGCAGAAGAUGGUAAAGACGCACUGUUUGCGCCACAUUCAGUACAAGGGGAACAACCUUCCGGCGAAGCAGCUUUUGCAACACGUUGGUUCGAAGAAAAUGGUAACUUCCGUAGAUCCCAGGUCAAAUCCAAGUUGAAUAAGAUUGCUCUGAGUCGCGAGCCUAAGAUCCUAGCGCGUACGAAAAUGACGGUGCCUUCCAUCAAUGAACCGUCUACGAUCGCGAAAGAGGGUGGCUUUACCACGCAAAUCGACGGCUAUUAUCGCAACAACGUGGACAGUUUUAGCUUCCGAUUUUUGCCGUCUGGUGAGAAAAACCUGGCGUCGCAACUGGCACAAGAACCUCAGAUACUUGACCCUGAAUUAGCAAAAGAAGUUAAAGAAAGCGAGGAAGCGGAAGUUGCGGCUUUGAGGGGUGCAGUGGAGCAAGGGCUGUUGCAGCAAGGAGCGCAGGCAGCGUUGAAGCAUACAGAUGUGGCGGAAAUUGCAUUGCAAGGAGGAAGAAAAACAAGCGCAGCGUCGUCUACUGCCUCAGGAGAUGCUGCACUCUUCUCCGAACUCGUAGUACCCGACGUCGAUCUAGGAGACGACUUUGGGCCCUUUCUACAACAGCACCUACUAGCAGCCGUUGCCCAUAAAGAACGCUACCAGAAGAAAGUGGAGGAAGACGACAUUCAUUUUGACAAGAGCAGUACCUCCGGUGAAAAAACAACUCCUGCCGCUGCACCAAAAUCAUCCUCCGCUUACCAAGAAAAGCUUAGAGACCAGCAGUACUCAUCGCAUCUCUGCAAUCUAGGACCGAACUGCUACUUUCAGAAUGUUUGCUUUCAGCAAUUCGAAAACCAUUCGAUGUCGAAGCCUCUGCCUCCCGACGGGAGGAUGGCAGUGAAGAAACUGGCUUUGCAGGUGGAUUUAGCGUAUGCGAUGCCGAAAGAGGAGCAUGUGGCGCUGUCUAUUAUGCUGGGAGGUCGUGGUUUGGUGUUUUCAUGUUCUUCGUUUUUUGAUGUUAAUGGCUAGUGCCGGACAAAGUAAGAAGAUGGUCUGUCAAGUGAUUUUUGUACAACUUGCAAGUAGACGUAUAUUUGCAGGUAGACGUAUAAUUGCAGUUCCCUUCUGCUAUUACCUCUUCAUGCCCAUGCGGAACUCGAUCCAAGAACCUGUGCAAUCGUUGCCGAUGAUGGUAGGGCGAUUGUGGACUAGUGUGAAUUAUCCGGUGUUGGCGAUUCGGAAAGACGAGUGUGCGGAAUUGCGCGUCAACGUCUAUAGUAGUCCAGAAGGCGUAUUGCGGGAACCAUUAAAGGAGGAGACGGAUGAGGAAGCGAAAUUGCGAGAAAAAUUUGAAGAGUAUAAUCCUCUGGUUUUUUUUUGAUUUUUAUGAUGAGGAUGUCGUACUAGGGUUGCUUUGGUUCAUUGGAUUGUUUGUGACAUGUACCUGUGUGCAAGACUGGCGUUGUUCAACAAUCUCCAAUCCCCAUGCUUUCACUAACACUAUUCAAACCAGGUUGAACCCAGCCAACCGCGCCACGCAGACCGAGCUUCGCGUUCACGGCUCAGCCGAUUUUGGUGCUCUGUUGAAGAACGUGAAAGCUGCGCAGGUUCCUCUACUACCAGAAAACGAAGACUACCCUGAGGAGCGGUUUAUCUCUCGCUUCACACGUGGGCCAGAUGAGAUGGACAGGAUUUUCCUGCCAAGAUUAGAGGAUCGACAUCCAUUGUGGGACUUUGUCAGAAGUAGUGAGGCGACGAACAGUCUAGAGGAUCAAGAUCGGCAGUUGAUAUCCAAAGGCUGUGUGGAUGACCCAAUGGACGAACAGGGUAAAGAGAAGGACAAUCGCAUUCCGAUUGCGAUCAUUUUUGGUCGAUACAAAUGCUGCGCGCACAAUGUUGGGCAUGUGUUGCUAGACGAAGUGAUUUCGCUGUAUCGGUAUCUGGAAUAUUGGCAGUUCUUGGACCGAAAAAAGUACAAGGUGAUACUGUUUUUGGAGAAGCUGAAGAGCAGUGAAUACUUUUAUUUGGUCGCGGACAAGGUGUACACGUGGGAUGCGAUACCCAAAUUUGGGUGCUUCCGGCACUUGCUGAUUGGACAAGCGAGAUUGGGGUACUAAAAAGUUUAGAUUAUGGAGUAGAAAAAGCAUAGGGUCUAGACUCUUUCGCGUCGCUUGGUCGAUCACGGGGGCUGAGUACGUACCAACGACGCACGGCCGUAGACAACACGCAGGAGGACACUCGGCAGCGCGACGGCGUCGCCAUUUUCUCGCGCCUUUCGUCAAAGGAAGGCGCCACGCGACUGCAGGCCGAGCCCGCCGAGGGCGCAGCGGCCCAGCCGCGUGCUUCGGCCCUGCAGCCGUGCUUCCCUAGGCUGACUGCGUGCGGGGCAUGGCGUGGGACUGGACAAGCCCUCGCCUGGCAAAGGCCGCCCAGCCGCGCGUGCAUUCGUGAGGCCGUCGAAGGGCCGGGCCAGUUGUUGUAGCUGUCAACCAGCUGGGUGGCACUCAGGCUCACGAUGGGAGCCCCAGUGGAGCAGCACCCCUACCCCGCAAAGCGCAGGCGGAUGGCCCUCAGACAGGCAACCUGGAACCCCGGCGCGACUUCCAGCAGACUUCCAGGAGGCGUCUCGGCCAGACUUCCAGCAGGCUCCCAACGGCCAACCCAGAAGACCUCCAAGGGCCACCCACUGGAGACCAGGGCAGCCGUGCUGAUCUGCCGGCGCGUUCUGGCUGAAGGAAGACCCACCGAAAGGCGACCGACUUGUGCCGUGCAUGUCUACACUUGUGCGGCAAUAUCCGACCCCGCAAGCCGAUCUGCCCCCGCCCGGCCCCCGCGGUCCAGAAGCCUCGCGCCUGUGUGGCGGCGGCAAAACUGACAAGCCCGCAGCCAUCUCUGACACGCUCAGCCACGCCAAGCAUGGUCGUGCUCGUGGCCGUCGUUCUGCCGUGGCUUGAUGGUGCGGGGGCUCUUUCUGUGGGGCUCGUUGACAAGCAGGCCAGCGAAUGGCGUGCCUGAGUUACCUCAGCACCCGCUCGCCCCAGGUGGAGAGACUUCAACAUCAGGAGAAAGGCGGCCCCGCCUUGCGUCCAUUUUUGUAGCUGUGGCCGCGUGUCCCCUUGUGCCUUUUUUCUAGUUUUUUAUUGUGUUGGGGUGAGAUGAGACGCCGCCGACUCUGACGCAGCUCUGCGGCGUUGUCUUCGCUUUGUGUCACACUGAUGGCCCCACACUUCACAGACUUCCCAGAGAAAUUAAUCCGGCAGACCUCCACCGGGUGAAGCUAACCCAGGGGCGGCGAGGUCAAGCGCAGCGGCGUCCUAGCUGGCCGAGCUUGCCAAGCGUUCUGCGAAUACCAGGGGCGACGCUGAAGCGCAAGCGCAAGCUUUCGCUUUGGAUAAUGAAACGGCUGAGGAAUGGGCCCGAGCGUUUGCAGCUGCAGAAACUGAGCGCAAAAAGCCACCAAAGGAGCUCAGAGACAAACGCGGGCGCGAGGCGGGUGCCCUCUCUAAACCAAGGGCACACGCGGCAGCUUCAACGGCUGCAGCAAUCAGCCCCAGAAGCUACUGCUACGGGGGCUAUUCUAUAGUGGUAAAAGACUUCAGUGGUAAGAAUGGCUAUGCAUUUUUUCUCAACGCCACAUACAAUCCUCUCAGAUACUACAAUCCUUACGACUGGCAUAAGGGUAUGAAGGAUGCUUACGACAUCCUCGUCAGAGCGCCAAAGAGUUCACCCUUCAGCAUCAUGUUUGGCUUCCGAGAUUACGUCCUAAACAAAUAUGGCAUAGUGGAUUCCCCGAAGCUGAACUACUUCGCAGAAGCAGAUAGACGCGCUUUGGCUGUGGGUACUAGUGUUGGAGAUGUACUAGGAGUUAAGGCUACCCCCGCUGAACCAUCCUCAACGCCAUCGCUGGCUCUUUUUCUACUUGAAAAAGAAGCCAAGGAUGGACUCAACAGGGUCUAUGGUGCACGUCGGUGCUCUAACGUAGAUGGACGAGGAUCAUCACCAAGUGCUGGUGGGAGACAACAGCACCAGCAUCGCCGUUUGUACAACGUCACCAUCUUCCAAAAAGACGCCUGGAAAAGUGAGAAUUGUUGCGUUUUCGUCAAUGCGGAGGCGUUUAGGGACAUGUUGUUGGCCGACAAGUCCUUGCCUAUCAACGAGAUCCGACUGAUCAAUUGGGUCAGAAAAAGCAAUCUGUCGCCAACUCAGAUGUUCCUCAACGAAGAAGACAGAAUCGAAAACGAUACGACAUUGCUGGUUAUGGAGGAUCGGUUAGUGUCUACAACAAGUUGGUACCCUACUACACUAUCUGUAAUUUUUCGUACCCAUCACGACUUUACUCAAGUCACCGCCUCGGUUGUGUUCGUUGACCUUACCUAGGUCACCCAUCAUCCUCGGAGGCGAGCAUGUGCCCGUGGGGCUCGCUGAGAAGGAUCCACAACCUAACCUAACCUCUGCUUAUGCUACUUCCCUCGUCUUGUUCCUCUGUUCUCCCAUCUUAAGUACCUCUGCGCAUGCUACCUCCUCUUUCUCCCCAUGAUCGCUAAGCCUCUGGUCGACGCCGAAGGGUCUCGCAGACGUGCGCUCAAGGAAGGCGAAAAAGUACUCCCCUUCGACAAUGGCGAUCGCGUCCAAUGCCUUAAUUCCGAGUACAGUAUGCGAGAGCAAGUCGAACUCAUGGCUACCACUGACAUCCUCAUCUCCUUCUCUGGCGCAGACAUGAGUAACAUCAUGUUCUUGCCAGAAAGAGCAGCUGUGAUUAGCUUUAGCCGAUAUUUAGGGUGGAAGGGUGAUCCGAAGGAUACGACGAAACAGCCAGGAUGGAGAACAAGUUUUGAAUUGGCAAGUUGGGGAAGACAUAGACCGUACUUGAUUCGGAAGGAGUACGCUUUGGAAAUUUUCGGAAUGUACAACUGGGGACACGAAGAAAAUGCAAGACCGGUGUUUCUUUUAUGACUUCUUCAAGACGAGGUGGCCUGGGGUAUCUUUUUUUAACAAACGAUGUUGCUUGAGGGACUUUGGUUUGAUACUGUGCUCUCCGUCUGUCCAUGCUCUUUCGCAUCCUCUACUAGCGCAAAUGCUAGUUCCUUUCCUGGUCGAAAACUUUCCUCAACACCUCUAAUAUCCGUCCGUCCCCGCAAGGAGGGCGCCGCUCACGCACCUAAGAUCAACGAAGUUUCGAAGCGGUUUGCCCCGAUGCUGAACGAGACGUCCCACAGGAAUGCGCGUGAUGGCCGGAUGGUGAAAUUCCUCCACGUCUCCAAACUCCCGGAAAUUAGAGCCAUGAUGAAGAGUAUCCUAGUGGAAUUGGACCAGCUGUGGGACGUACAUCAGGAAUUGGACAUGCCGUUUAGGUAGACGAUCAUUUAGAUAGAUCAUAGAAUUAGGUACCUCAUGCUGUAGCAAAAGACAUUACUCUUGUUCCUAGUAUGUUCGCUCAGCGGAAAAUCUCUAGUAGGGUGCACGGGGCUGCUUUUAAGGGGGAGAAGCGCCACCCGCAACCGGGAGGGAAUGAAUGAAUGAUCUACUUAUGUAGUUUAGUACUAUGAGUUUAAAUAUGAAAGCCCGAGCAGAAGCGGUCCUCCUUGCGAGUUCAUCUUCGAGCUUCAAAGGGCGUGCUACUUUGUGCUCCUGGGCUCCUGUUUGCCUCAUUGUUCGCCUGUGAUGCACUACGUAGUUGGAGGUUGAGAAUAUAGUCUUAGUGUCACUCUGUUAGAGUAGAACCACCUAGUGCAGAACAUCCAAAAUCAAUAUCUACCAUUCAUCUGUUAGUAACGAACAAGAUGUGAAAAAUCAUAUGCGCAAAGAUGGAAUUGUCGGUAUUUUUUAUGUGCUUUAAAAGCACCAUCUUUUUUCCAAAUGAAACUCGUGGCACAUUUCUGUGCUGCCAAGAAAGAAGGACAACUCUCGUG